AUGGACUCGGAGUAUUUAAAGCAACAUUUAGGGGAAUGUCUCGCUGAGGGAUUAGCUGAAGUGGCUAAACAGCGACCGGAGAGGCCCAUCCUGUAUUUGGCUCACUGGCUCCACAAAUACAACACAAAAGUUAAAAUCGAGAAACGGGACAAGGUUGAUGAAGAAGAAGCUGUCAAACCUGAGGACUCCACCAAACCAGAGGCAGCAGCCUCUGAUCCACAGAGCGACGAUCUCAACCCAGAGCAGACGUUUGCUAAUCAAGAAGAAGAAGAAAACAUGACAGAAACCAAACCCGAGACUGAACAACCAUCUAGUCCCACUCUUCAGGAUCAGGAGCAGGAGCAGGAGGCAGAAGAGCAACUCACGAGUGAGAUGACUGAUAGCUCAGCUCCAGCAGAGAGCGACCCAUCACCAGAGUGA